AUGAAGCACAUCGGCAAUUAUGCUCAUUACGGAUGGUCAGUCGAUAUGGCAGUCAUUAUUUCAGCAAUAGUAGACGAGACACCUUUAGAAUACCAUAACUAUCGUUUUCCUAAAUGGUCAGUGGCAUUAGGAUGGGGAUUUGGAUUAUCUUCGGUGGCUGUCAUACCUAUCAUUGCCAUCUUCAAGUUACUUUUCACACCUGGAUCUUGCGCAAGGAGAAUUGCCUAUAAUAUUACGCCUGAAGAACAACAUAAAUAUCUCGAAGAAGACAAAACCGUAAAGAGAUUUGAGUGGAAGCAUUGGAUCCACGUAUAAAAUGAAAGAUCUAGAAAAUAAUCCUAAUCUAUAAAACUACAAAUAGAAUCAAAAUGAUGAUAUAUAUAAUUUUAUUGUUGUAUUAUCGUGCCAAUUAAGUGUACAGAUGAAGAUACUUAUAUUAACGAAACUAUUCCAGAAAGAAUGCAAAGAGAAUUAUAUGUUGUUGAAAAUACAAAUAGUUUUCGAGGGCCAUCUUAUAAUAAAUAAUUGAUUUCUAUGUUAGAAUUAAUUAGAAGACAAGCCGAAAGUCUUGUACGCCUAAUGUAUC